GCGAUGGCGUAGCGGCAGCGCCGCCGCAGGACGCAGGGAAGCCAACUAGCGAGUGGCGGCGACGGUAGUGGCGGUGGCAGUUUGCGGCGAGGGCGACGGCUCUGAGGCCGAGCGACGGCCUAGCGGAGACCGCGGUGCCCACUUCCGCGUGAUCUCUUGUGAUCAGCCUUGUACCUUUUCCACAUUUGAAGAUGGUGAAGCUAGAUAUUCAUACUCUGGCCCAUCACCUCAAGCAGGAACGCUUAUAUGUAAAUUCUGAGAAACAGCUCAUUCAGAGGCUCAAUGCAGAUGUCCUUAAGACAGCUGAAAAGUUGUACCGUACAGCAUGGAUUGCUAAGCAACAGAGAAUUAAUUUGGAUCGGCUUAUCAUAACCAGUGCUGAAGCUUCUCCUGCUGAAUGUUGCCAGCAUGCCAAGAUUUUGGAAGAUACACAGUUUGUUGAUGGAUAUAAGCAGUUGGGAUUUCAGGAGACUGCUUUUGGGGAAUUCUUGAGUCGAUUAAGGGAAAAUCCUCGUCUUAUUGCCUCCUCUUUGGUUGCUGGAGAGAAACUUAAUCAGGAGAACACACACAGUGUUAUUUACACAGUUUUUACCUCCCUCUAUGGCAACUGCAUUAUGCAAGAAGAUGAAAGCUACCUCCUUCAGGUUUUGAGAUACUUGAUUGAAUUUGAACUUAAGGAAAGUGACAACCCCAGGCGACUUCUAAGGAGAGGAACUUGUGCCUUCAGCAUCUUAUUUAAACUUUUUUCCGAAGGACUGUUUUCUGCCAAACUUUUCCUCACAGCUACUUUGCAUGAGCCGAUCAUGCAACUGCUGGUUGAAGAUGAAGAUCACCUUGAAACAGAUCCAAACAAGCUAAUUGAGAGGUUCUCCCCAUCUCAACAGGAGAAACUCUUUGGAGAGAAAGGCUCAGAUAGAUUCAGGCAAAAGGUUCAAGAGAUGGUAGAUUCCAAUGAGGCCAAACUAGUGGCUUUGGUGAACAAAUUUAUUGGUUAUCUCAAGCAGAACACAUAUUGCUUUCCACAUAGUUUGAGGUGGAUUGUGUCACAGAUGUACAAAACCCUGUCCUGUGUGGAUAGACUGGAAGUUGGGGAGGUCAGGGCAAUGUGUACUGAUCUCCUGUUGGCCUGCUUCAUUUGUCCUGCAGUUGUCAAUCCAGAACAAUAUGGAAUAAUUUCUGAUGCUCCUAUUAAUGAGGUGGCGAGAUUUAAUCUGAUGCAGGUCGGGCGCCUUUUGCAGCAGUUAGCGAUGACUGGCUCUGAAGAGGGCGAUCCCCGGACAAAGAGCAGCCUUGGGAAAUUUGACAAAAGCUGUGUUGCUGCUUUCCUUGAUGUUGUGAUUGGCGGCCGUGCAGUGGAGACCCCUCCAAUGUCCUCUGUUAAUCUUCUGGAAGGGUUGAGCAGAACUGUGGUUUAUAUAACUUACAGUCAGCUUACUACUCUGGUGAAUUUUAUGAAGAGUGUAAUGUCUGGAGAUCAACUGAGAGAAGAUAGAAUGGCUCUUGACAAUUUAUUGGCAAACCUCCCCCAGGCAAAGCCAGGAAAAAGCAGCAGUUUAGAAAUGACUCCCUACAAUACUCCUCAGUUGUCUCCAGCAACCACACCAGCAAAUAAAAAGAAUCGAUUGCCUAUAGCAACUCGGAGCAGGAACCGCACCAAUGUGCUAAUGGACCUACAUAUGGACCAUGAAGGACCAUUUCAAGAAACCAUCCAGGAGGUACAACCAGAAGAGGUGUUGGUCAUUUCCUUAGGGACAGGUCCACAGCUUACUCCAGGGAUGAUGUCAGAAAAUGAGGUCCUAAACAUGCAACUUUUGGAUGGAGGACAAGGAGAUGUCCCUGUCGAUGAAAACAAACUCCAUGGUAAACCUGAUAAAACCUUGCGCUUUUCCCUCUGCAGUGAUAAUCUGGAAGGAAUAUCUGAAGGUCCUUCAAACCGUUCCAAUUCAGUAUCCUCUCUAGACCUGGAAGGAGAGUCUGUAUCAGAACUAGGAGCAGGGCCUUCUGGGAGUAACGGAGUUGAAGCUCUACAGCUGUUAGAGCAUGAGCAAGCUACAACACAAGAUAAUCUUGAUGAUAAGCUAAGGAAGUUUGAAAUUCGUGACAUGAUGGGACUGACAGAUGAUAGGGAUAUAUCAGAAACAGUGAGUGAGACCUGGAGUACAGACGUCUUGGGAAGUGAUUUUGACCCGAACAUUGAUGAAGAUCGUUUGCAAGAAAUUGCAGGUGCAGCAGCAGAGAACAUGUUAGGCAGUUUACUAUGCCUGCCAGGCUCAGGGUCAGUGCUGCUUGACCCCUGCACUGGUUCUACCAUAUCAGAGACAACAAGCGAAGCUUGGAGUGUAGAGGUAUUGCCGAGUGACUCAGAGGCCCCAGAUCUAAAGCAGGAGGAGCGGCUUCAAGAACUGGAGAGCUGUUCUGGACUGGGCAGCACAUCUGAUGAUACGGAUGUCAGGGAGGUCAGUUCCCGCCCCAGCACACCAGGCCUCAGUGUUGUGUCGGGCAUAAGUGCAACCUCUGAGGAUAUUCCCAAUAAGACUGAAGACCUGAGAUCUGAGUGCAGUUCUGAUUUUGGGGGUAAAGAUUCUGUCACCAGUCCAGACAUGGAUGAAGUAACUCAUGGUGCCCACCAGCUGACCUCUCCUCCUUCUCAGUCAGAAUCUCUGCUUGCCAUGUUUGAUCCACUGUCUUCACAUGAAGGGGCUUCCGCUGUGGUAAGGCCAAAGGUUCACUAUGCCAGGCCAUCGCAUCCACCACCAGAUCCUCCAAUCCUGGAAGGAGCUGUGGGAGGCCAUGAGGCUCGGUUGCCAAACUUUGGUUCCCACAUUUUAACUCCAGCAGAAAUGGAGGCAUUCAGGCAAAGGCAUUCUUACCCUGAGAGACUAGUUCGCAGCAGGAGCUCCGAUAUAGUAUCUUCUGUCCGGCGACCCAUGAGUGACCCCAGCUGGAACCGACGUCCAGGGAAUGAAGAGCGAGAACUCCCUGCAGCUGCAGCCAUUGGUGCUACUUCUUUGGUGGCUGCUCCGCAUUCGUCAUCUUCAUCCCCGAGUAAGGACUCCUCGAGAGGAGAGACUGAAGAACGCAAAGAUAGUGAUGACGAGAAAUCAGACAGGAACAGACCUUGGUGGAGAAAACGUUUUGUUUCUGCCAUGCCUAAAGCUCCUAUACCAUUUAGAAAGAAAGAAAAACAAGAAAAAGACAAAGAUGAUCUGGGGCCUGACAGAUUCUCAACACUCACAGAUGAUCCCAGCCCUAGACUCAGUGCACAAGCUCAGGUCGCUGAGGAUAUUUUGGACAAGUACAGGAAUGCCAUCAAACGAACCAGCCCCAGUGAAGGAGCAAUGGCAAACUAUGAAAGUGCAGAGGUUAUGGGUGAUGGGGAAAGUGCACAUGAUUCUCCUCGUGAGGAGGCCCUGCAGAACAUCUCAGCCGAUGACCUCCCAGACUCCGCCAGCCAGGCCGCCCACCCACAGGACUCAGCUUUUUCUUACAGAGAUGCAAAAAAGAAACUGAGGCUUGCUCUUUGCUCUGCGGAUUCUGUUGCUUUCCCAGUGCUAACCCAUUCAACAAGGAAUGGCUUACCAGACCAUACAGACCCAGAAGACAAUGAAAUUGUAUGCUUCUUAAAAGUUCAAAUAGCUGAAGCAAUUAAUUUACAAGAUAAGAACCUAAUGGCUCAACUUCAAGAAACAAUGCGUUGUGUGUGCCGCUUUGAUAACAGGACUUGUAGGAAACUGCUGGCAUCUAUCGCCGAGGACUAUAGGAAAAGGGCCCCCUAUAUUGCAUAUCUCACCCGUUGUCGACAAGGACUGCAGACCACACAGGCUCACCUGGAAAGGCUACUCCAAAGGGUUUUGCGGGACAAAGAGGUAGCCAAUAGAUACUUUACCACCGUCUGUGUGAGACUGCUGCUUGAGAGCAAAGAAAAGAAGAUCAGGGAAUUCAUUCAAGACUUUCAGAAACUCACAGCAGCUGAUGACAAAACUGCUCAGGUAGAAGAUUUUCUGCAGUUCCUUUAUGGUGCAAUGGCCCAGGACGUCAUAUGGCAAAAUGCGAGUGAAGAGCAGCUCCAGGAUGCUCAACUUGCCAUUGAACGUAGUGUGAUGAAUCGGAUUUUCAAGCUUGCUUUCUACCCUAAUCAGGAUGGGGACAUACUUCGUGACCAGGUUCUUCAUGAACAUAUUCAGAGACUGUCUAAAGUAGUGACUGCAAAUCACAGAGCUCUCCAGAUACCAGAGGUUUAUCUUCGGGAGGCACCAUGGCCAUCUGCACAGUCAGAAAUCAGGACUAUAAGUGCUUACAAGACACCCCGGGACAAAGUGCAGUGCAUCCUGAGAAUGUGCUCCACGAUCAUGAACUUACUGAGCCUGGCCAAUGAGGAUUCUGUCCCAGGAGCAGAUGACUUUGUCCCCGUUUUGGUAUUUGUGUUGAUAAAGGCAAAUCCACCCUGUUUGCUGUCCACUGUUCAGUAUAUCAGUAGUUUUUAUGCCAGCUGUCUUUCUGGAGAGGAGUCCUAUUGGUGGAUGCAGUUCACAGCAGCAGUGGAAUUCAUUAAAACUAUUGAUGACCGAAAGUGACUACAGCCAAGGCCCACCAAGGCAGCAGACUGUUAGGCGGGCAAACCGAUCCCUUAGAGAAUGUACCAGCUGCUUUGAAGGCUGAAGAUUGUUUUUGUAUAAUAUUGUACAGUAUUCAGACAUUUUAAAUAGAUCUUUACUAAACAGGUUAAUGGGCUAACAAGCAGGUUCUCUUUUCUUUGGGCUCUUUUCCUGUCUGAGUUGCGUAUUUUGUUAUUUUCUUGUCCCAAGUAGAGAAUAAUACUGCAAAAAGGGACCACAUUUUCAGGUAUUUUGAAAUAUUGGGAAAAAAAAAUAUCUCCUAGAAAAUUCCCAGAUCUCCAUUCAUGGGUAUCCAUUCUUUUGUUUUAUUUCAGAAAAAGAGUGUACACCUCUUUCAAGAUGCUCUCUGAUCUCAUAUGCAUCCAAUGGAAGGAAAAUACCAGUUGCACUGAGGGUGAUUAUAAUAGUGGUGACAUUAGUGGCAUUAUCUAUAAAUACAGUCACCUAAAUUGAAAAGCUAAGAAGGAAAUGUAAAUAUAUAUUUAUAUUUGAUGUAAUAUGGACAUCUUCAGAUUCUAAUAAACAAGGAAUAUUGGCAGUAGUAGGUUUGAUGUAUCCUCUUGUGAAAUGGGUUCCUUGACAAAAUUUAAGCUAAGCUUAAAAGCAAAAAGCAAAUACACAGAAAUGUUUAUUAAGGUGUAAUACAGUUCACUGAACUUUCUAGGUGUGGAGUUUGAUGCACAGGGCUACCUUUGAUGAAAGGUAUAAAAAUCACUUGGACAUUUCUUACCUUGGAUGUCUCUGAGCCUGCUGUAGACUCCUGAUCCAUACAUGCUGUACAAAGGAACAGGAGCUAUGUAGUACAUUAUUGUGGUACUUCUCAUCUGAAAUACUAGUAAGUACAGUGUAGAAACCCCAAACAGAACUCCUUACAGACUUCUAAUUGUAAUAUAUUUUUGAUGAUUAUUCACAUUGAAUGCACAGACCAGGAAUUCAGUGAAUAUCAUUUUUUUAAAAAACUAAUUUGUAUUGUCUAGUGACACAAGUUUUACUAGUGAUAAGCUAUUUUAAUCAAUCAUACUAUUCUUAUGGGAAAAAAUCUAUUUUGUCAGGUUUCUGUGCCUUUAUUUCCCUCUUCUGAAAAAAAUUACAUGCUACGGUAUUUUUAUUUGAUUGUAUAUUGAUAACUAACUAAUCAGGAGCGGGUUUUGGUUCUGUGAAAUUGAGCAAGGAGGUUCACCAAAGCUUCAAGCACAUGUGUUGUACUUAGGGUAUCACCAGCUGGUUUCACUUUGUAUGUUUCCUAAACACAUUUAGCUGCUUUUAUAACAAACUCAGUCCCACAGUUUGAGCCCCUUGUUGCUGGCAGCAUUUCCAGGCAUUUUUAAGGGAACUGAGACCAACAGCCUUAAGCAGAUGAAUACAGAGGCUGUCUCCUCCCUCCCUCCAAGAUCCUUUUGUGUAACUGUGACUAAAGAAGCUGGAUUUUCAUUAUGCCUCCACCUCUUCUCAUUCAUUUAUUUUAUAAUACCAAAAUAAGUUGCAGAGGAGUGUGGGAUGUGGUUUCUGCCUUUUAGGGAGAGAUCAAAAUUAAACUAGUACCACAAAAUGUCCUUUUGAAUGUUAGGUCAAGAAAUCUGUGUACAGACAUGUGCUUCAUGGGCUGUAACUGUCAAAUUUGCCUAGGUAUUAGAAGUCAGAUCCCAUCAUAAAUACUUAACAAAACAAACUGCCUAAUGUGAUUUCUAAGACCCUCUAGAGGGAGUCCAUUUACUUCACAUUUGAUUCAAUAAAUGUUAAGUCAAUGGAAGACUUGGAGUAGUUGAAAUUCAUUGUUAAGGGACUUAACUCAUAAGUCAGUGAGAUUUUUUUCCUCCACAAUGGUUGCUAAUUGAUUGCAUGUUAUUACUAUGGAAAUAAAUACGACGAUGUGGACAUGGCACAGGGCUUGUUUCUGUGAGGCUGAGGUGACAAGUUGAGUGUAGGGCUUACUGGAGGCAGGCGACAGAGCUCUGCAGCACUUGAGCUGGUGGUGAGGGUAGAAGCCCAGAGUCACUGUAUCUCUGAGUCAGAGGCAGGCAUUUGGGUCUUGACUCAGGUGCUGGCAAAGAAGCACAGCCCAGCUGUUUAAGGGGCAGCUAAGUUUCCCUCAGGAAAUCCUGUCAGGAGCAAGGACAAACCAGCAUUAACCAUUACUGGUCUGAUUCCAGGAGAGGAUUCAUUGUAGUGUUGUUUCUGAAUCUGCAAGGCAGGUGGGGGUGGGGGUGAGAUAGGGAGGAAUUUGAUUUUGCUCUUUCAAGAAUGAGGAAUAGUUGUUCUAAUGUUUCACUAUACUUCUUUCCAGUACCUAUUCUAUGUGAAAGAUUACUGCAAAAGUGUAAAAUCACCCAUAGGAAACAUUCAGUAGCCACCAGUUAUUACAUGGAACUUACAAGGAUAAUGAAUGUUAAAUGGAGAGGUGGUGACUCAGUUUAUUGAAAUGUUACAGAAUUAACUCCUCUAAUGAAAAAUCAGUUUGUAUUUCAUAUUAAUAUUCUGCUGUGGCAGAGAGUUCAGUAAUAGAAAUAUAGAUUGAAGAUUGUUUUUUCUUUUGAAGUUUUUAAAAAAGUUUUUCCUUGUGAAUUAUUUUUUUAAAAACCUGGCAAACAUUUUGUUUUCUUUCUCCAUGUUCAAAACUCAGCCAGUUACUGCUUUCUUCUUUUUUUUAUUUUAAAAAAAACCUGCUUACAAAAGCCUUUUUAUACAGAUAUAAAAUCACUGUUGUAAGAGAAUUAGGCUUUACGAGGGAUUGAAAAUGUGGUGCAUGGUUUUCCUUUUCCUAUUGUGUCCUGAAAGCCUUUGUUUAGUUUAUUUCACCAUACAUGUUCCUGAGGUAAAUAAGAAAACAAAAAUCUGGCCCAAAAAUAGGCUGUGUUCUUGCCAUAAGAAUCUGUAACUGACUGCCCAUGCCAGCCCGGCGCCACUUUUCUGUUGCCUGUCGUGGGAAUUCCAGUUUGGGCCAAGAUCAUCUAGGUGUUUUAAAUGGGUGCAGUUUUAAAAUACUACUUUCUCUGAUGUGAUUGGGUAUGAAAAGGGAAAGUAGGACCACACUUGCUCUGAAUUAUUAGUGGAUUGUGUAGAACUGAUGGAAAUGUGGAGUUAGCAUUCUUCAUUUCUGUGUACUAGACAUUCUCUUCCUGCCUCUCCAUUUUCUUAAAGGAAAAAUCUGUAUUUGCUCUCCUUUUAUUUAUUUUAAGUCUAGUAAAUUUAUUCUGUAUGUAAUAACAAAAUAUGUGGGGUGUGGGGUCAAAUAAUCUUGAAGGUCAAAGAAUUUUUAGUAAAGUCGAUUAACAGUGACAAGACAUUUGAGAUAUUUUUGAAUGCCAAAAUGCUUCAGAACUUUGCCAGAUUAAUAAUUCUUAAUGUAGUUUAGAAUAUAGGUUACCCAAGAAGUAGGAUGACCUGGAUAACUUUAUUACUCUUGAGAACGUUUGGAGAAUGGAAAGUAUAGUUUGCUUCAGUGUUGAGGUUGGUGUGGUUGAGCUGUGGUGUCACCAUGGAGUUGCUGUGUCCAAUCUGCCUGUCCUCAGAAUAGGGUAAGUCCAAGAGAGGUGACAUCUUCUACACUUGGUUAAUGGCAGAUAGUGUGGGCAGGGGCCACAUGCCUUAAGAAUUCACCUCUGCUGAGUUGAUACUCUCAUCUACCGUAUUCUUGUGCUUCAACUGUAUUUAAAACCUUUGUACUGCCUCUCCUCUUGAAACUGACAAAACCUUGUAUGAGCCUCAGUUAAUGAGCUUGCACAAUCUUGUAUGUGUAUAGGCAACCCAUCCUGUCUCCUAAUGUGAUUGCUAGUGUAUAUCAUUCUGAAAAACUUAUUAAAAAGGGAGAGCAGUUGAAUUCACUGGG